GAAUUUUUAGCCUUAAGGAUACUAACUUGUUUUGUUCUAGUUUCAAUUGACCCCACCAACACUGAGGAUUCAAGGCCACCACGAGUUUUCUCCUCCCCCUCCAUUGUUGGUUUCAUAAUUUGGACUUCGCAAACAGCAGUUUCUUCCGUCUUUCUUAUCGCAACCUUUUGACUUUAACACGUCACCGCCAAAAUGAUUAUUUUCAAGGAUAUUAUCUCGGGCGACGAGAUGAUCUCGGAUAGUUUCGACCCCAAGGAGGUUGAUGGAGUUGUCUACGAGGUCGACUGUGCGAUGAUCACCCUGGGCGCUGUCGAAGUCAACACCGGUGCCAACGCUUCUGCCGAGGAGGCUGAGGAGGGCGUUGAGGAUGGAGCUGUCCAGGUCAACAAUGUUGUCAACUCCUUCCGUCUCCAGUCAACCCAGUUUGACAAGAAGACCUACCUCAGCCAUCUUAAGGGUUACAUGAAGACCGUCAAGACGAAGCUAAAGGAGAAGGGCGCAGCUGAGGAGGAAAUCACUGCUUUCGAGAAGGGCGCCGCAACUUACGCCAAGAAGAUCGUCGGCAACUUCAAGGACUACGAUUUCUACGUCGGCGAGUCCAUGGACCCUGAUGGAAUGGUUGCCCUUAUGAACUACCGUGAGGAUGGUGUCACCCCCUACAUCACUGUCUGGAAGCACGGCCUUGUCGGCGAGAAGGUCUAGAUCGUAUAUUUAAUGAAUGGUUAUUGGGAAGCUGGUUCUGUUGCAUCACAGCCCAACAAGUUGGAGACGGAUGUGCCAUAUGGUAGCCUGAUAUUCUCCAAUACAAUGAAAAUGCCCCCUCUUUAUGAUUUUAGUAUUAAACGUAUAUGUCCACACUGAGCGAGGUUAAUUAUGUCCCUAUCC